UCCCUUUUUUUGCUUCUUGAUUGAAUCCCUCGUUCACUCAUUAACCAAGAAAUUGUUCAGUAAUACGUAGAUUCAUAGAAAUCCCAGUAACAAGAAGCAUUUACAGCAGCAGAAAAUAGUGAAAUUCGAGCAAUUUUCAUGGGGAAAACGGCGAGAAACAUCAAGGGCUCUUUGAUCAAUCUAAACCCAUUAUUCUUCACCCGUUUGCUUUCAAUUUCUCCAUUGAAUUCACUCGUUAUCUCUCCAAGAAAGAAUUCAAGAAACCAGAAGAAUCACUGUUCAUCAGCAAAUCUAACUUUAGUGUUCUUCCUUUCUCUGUUCAUUCUUUGCACUUUUCUGGGAAUUUCCAUUCUUACUUUCAUUCCCAUUUCUCAGAACUCGAUUCCCUGUUCUAUGAUCUCACCUUCAUCACCAUUGUCUCCAUUUCUAUUAGCCUCGCUUUCGUCCAUAGCAAAAGACUACUCCAAUAAUUUUCCUGAUGACGAGCCGACACUAUCUACCAGUGCUAUGGUGCCAUUGCCUCCACAUGGCUUUUACGGUAACCUUUCUGAGGAGGAGAGAGAGUUCUGGCAGCAACCCGAUGGUGAAGGGUACCACCCUUGCCUGGAUUUUAGUCUAGAGUAUCGAAAAUCAUCAGUUAGGAUUUCGAAGCAGAGGAGGAAAUUCUUGGUUGUGGUGGUUUCAGGAGGAUUGAACCAACAGCGAAAUCAGAUUGUCGAUGCAGUUGUUAUCGCAAGGGUACUUGAAGCUGCAUUGGUGGUACCAGUUUUACAGGUUAAUCGCAUUUGGGGAGACGAAAGUGAAUUUUCUGAUAUUUUUGAUGUUGAACAUUUCAAGAAGACUUUGCAAGCUGAUGUUCGAAUUGUUACGUCCCUUCCUUCCACUCAUUUGGUAGCAAAGCAGUCUGUUGAAAAUCAAAUCCCGUUUCAUGUAUCACCGACAUGGAUACGUGCAAGAUUCCUCCAACAG